AUGAGUGCCACAUCCACCUGCGAAAUUGAUGCCGACUUGGUGCAAAAGAUCAAGGAUUUUCGUUUUGCUAAAUAUGAGAGUGGAAACGCAGCUUUUGUUUUGCAAAUUGAUCGCAAGACUUUGAAGAUUGUUGAGGAUGAGGUGUAUGAUGAUAUUACAUUGGAGGAUUUGGUAGAAGAAUUACCGGAGAAUACGCCUCGCUUCAUCAUUUUGAGUUACGAGUUGAAGCAUGGGGAUGGAAGAACCAACUUUCCUCUUGUGUUCAUUUACUGGUCCCCAUCUACAGCCAAGGCCGAGAUUAAUAUGCUUUACGCAUCAGCCAAGACAUUCCUCCAAGAAAAGAUUGAUAUCAUGAGAGAUUUCGAUAUUCGUGAGGCUGACAGCUUAACAGAUGAAUUUCUCAAAAAGCGACUUUAG